CCGAUCAGCCUGUCAUUUUCCUCGCUGUCAUCUUCAUCAGGUGCGUCGUUGGGCUCCGGUUGUCCACAUUGUGCAGUUUGUUUUUGUUGCCGUCGCAUUUGUGUGCGUUUCCAUCCUUCGAGUGGACGCCUUUGCGCCAAAUGUGAUCCGCGCUCACCCUAACGUGCGACGCCUUGCCAAGCCGCUUUCUUGCAGGCGCGCUCGACAUGAGUCCCAAGCGAGUCGUCUUCAAAAAAGCGUCCCCGGAUAAGUCGGCGACCAUCUACGUGGCCAGCAGAGACUUGGUGGACCGCGGCGAUGGCGUGGAUCCGCUCGACGGCGUGCUUGUUGUCGACUCUUCGCAGCUGGGAGGAAAACCAGUCUACGUGACGCUGUCGUGCACCUUCGUCUACGGCCGGCGGGACGAGGAUGUGCUGGGCGCGACCUUCCGCCGCGACCUUUUUGUGGCCACCCGCCAGGUGUUCCCGGAGCCGCCAGAGCAGGAGCGGCCCGCGCGCAGCAAAAUUCAGGAGAAGCUGCUGCGGAAACUGGGCCGCCACGCCUUCCCCUUCUUCCUGGAGUUGCCGGACAACCUGCCCAACUCGGUCACGCUGCAGCCCGGACCGUCGGACGUGGGAAAGAAAUGCGCCGUGGAGUUCCGGGUGAAAGCGUUCCGCGCCGACCAGCCGGACGGACGGAGUUCCGUCAGCCUGACCGUUCGAAAGGUCCAGUUCGGUCCGCGCGACGUCGAGCCGUCGCCGUUCGCGGAGACCACCUUUGACUUCCUGAUGUCCGACAAGCCUCUUCGCGUCAGACUGAGCCUGCCCAAAGAGACGUUCGGCCACGGCGAGCCGCUGCGGGCCGAGGUGAGGAUCGCAAACUGGUCCAACCGGAAGGUGAAGGACAUCAGCCUGUCAGUGGAGCAGGUGACCAAGGUGGUCCUCUACUCCAACGACAAGUACGUCAAGUCGGUGGCCAAAGAGGAGACCAGUGACGGCGUGGCGUCGGGUUGCAGCCUGGCAAAGUCGUACACCUUGUACCCGCGUCUGGAGCCCAACAAGGAACGGCGGGGGCUGGCUCUGGACGGACACCUCAAGCACCAAGAUACCAACUUGGCUUCCUCCAGCACGAUGAAGCAAGAGGUGCUGAAGGAGCUGCAGGGCAUCUGGGUGUCUUAUAAGCUGCUCUUGAAGAUGACGGCCACCGGACCUCUGGGAUCCAGGUACGUACAAACGCAUGCACGCACCCACCCGCAAACGCGUCGAAUGCCACUUGUGUGUGUGUGUUUCUCCCCGCAGCGAGGUGCGCGUGGAGCUUCCUUUCAGAUUGAUGCAUCCGAAACCCGAAGACGAAGGUGGCUAAUGUGACGAGCGCGUUUGCCCUGCUGGAAAUGCUGAGCCGUCACAAAGUCACCUGGGGCGGUCUGGGACGCCUCGUCCCGUCGACUCCAAAGAAAUGUGAUGAUGCCGAAUCAUAACUGGCAUUGAGAAAACGUCGUCUUAUUGAGGAUUUUUCUUCUUGUCUUGAAUUGUAAUGACAUUGCGAGAAACCACUUGAAGUUGGGACCACGCCGGCACCUCCAAAAAAAAAAAAGACUUUCAACCAACUUGAAAAGCACUUUCCAAGAAGCGAACGCGAUGCUUUUGUGAGCCCCCGGAAAUGUUGGUGGCCCCCAGCCAAUCGACGGCCUUCUGACUUGAUUUUUCUUUUCUUUUUAC